AUGCUUGAUCAAUCACCACUUUUCUCAGCGUCAACAGUCCACUUGGAACACAUUACCACAGCUUUAAAUUGUUUAAGGCCGUUUGGCACGAAGGACGAUGUCUUGAUUAUAAUCGACAAAGAUGGACUUUCGUUUGCUAGGGAAAACAACAGAGUAAUAAGCAUCCAGCUUUAUUUGUCGAAAGAGCUCUUCAUUUGCUACCGGUACAAUGCUCAAGAUGACAAUCCAGACGCUCACACAAAGGUCUGUCUUAAAAUCAAUCAUAUACUGGAUAGCGUGAGUGUGGUUAGUCGUGACAAGGAUGACAUUGUUGAAUGCACGCUUUCCUACGAUGGUGAAGGUUCUCCAUUUGUACUUAUUUUCGAAGACUCGGUGAUCACUGAGAAAGUGGAGUAUUCAACUUAUUUGGUGAAAGAGUGGGACGCUACGGGCCUGGAGCUUGAUACGAACGCCGUAACCUCAGAGUGUAUCAUGAAGGGCGAUGUGCUGUACGGAGCAUUGCAAGAUUUGAAGGAAAUUGGUUGUAAGGAGUGCUAUACGUAUGCAAAAUCAUCAAAGAGCGGGAAACGGGUGUUUGCACUCAUAUCGAGGAGCCAGCUCGGGUUAUCCAAGAUAAUGUUGCCGGGUGAGAGGUCAAUCUUAGAGAAACUAGAAGUCUACGAUGCCACUUCCCACGAACAGGUGUACGAUGUUCCAGUACUAGGCUAUUUUGAUUUUUCUACGCUUGACAAGAUACGACCCAGUGCCAAAACUGCCAGUAAAGUUAUGUUGCGGAAGGACGCACAUGGGCUACUGAGCAUUAACAUGCUAAGUCAAACAGAUGACGUUAUACUGACGGACGCCCGGAGGUCGAGGUCAACAAACUGGGAAAGAGCAUCUUCGUCAAACGAUUACCCCGGGAUCGUGAUCGACAUCUCCAUCGUGGAGAAAGUACGCAUAGAUGAAGCAGAUGAUGAUUCCGAAGCCCGCUUUUUGAUGGAAAGUAGCGAGGACUCCGUAAAACCAGCAUACUACCCGACAUCUGUUCCUUCUCGACCACCGGUACUUACCGCCACGUCACACACAGAGGAGUCGCUACUGUUUGGCCGCCAGCAAAGAUCCACAGAGCCCGACGCGGGGGGAGACGAGGAUUAUAUCCCAGCUACUAACGAUAUUCCACUGUUUUUUUGA